UAAGUUAACUCCCAAUCCGCGGACGAACAGCACCCGUAGAAGCGCCUAUCUAUAAAUAAUUACAGCUUCUUCACCAUAAGUUCUUAUAGCCACCUGAAGCUGGAACUCCGGCUUGAUAUUUUGAGGCAAAUAUAAGAGCUUGUUAGCUGAACUUCUCACAAAAAAUGGGGCUCCUGAAGAAAAAGCAACCUCGGCCUGAAAGCGUCUACGCGACUGCUCCCUCUUCGUCAAGGCCCACCCCGCAAGUCGGAGGGGCAUACGGACAAUUCCCACAACCACCGUCAACGCAGCAAAUCAACUACCAAGCUUCCCCGUCCCCUGUGCCUGUCAUGAGUGCUACAGUUUAUACAGCGGUCGCUGCAGCGCCGGCGCCGAAUUUACAGACGAGGCCAGUUUCGACACAGCCCGCAGCAGCAGAUCCGUUCGCUCCUCGAUUCUACAACGUCUCGCAGAAGUCCAACUUGUACCAGCGCGUCGUGCUUGUUCACGGAGGUGCUGGACCUCAGAAUACUCAAUUUGAUGCUUCGAUCACCGUUCAUCAUCACCUCGCGGAGUUUCCACCGCUAACGUUUCCGGUCGCGGAUGGGUAUUUCAAGGCGCUUGUCCAUUUGUCUCCCGGAUCUAAUGAUCUGCGAUUUGUUUUUAAUCCACCACCUGGAAUGGGCUCUGGUCCUAGUUCUUCAAACCUACAGCUCAACUAUACGCCAUUGCUACAGAACGCGCCUCUUCAUCUAGCGAUUAUGGUUGCUCGAGACAGCGAAUUCAAAUUCGAUUCCCCACCGGCAAAAACCGAGAGUGAAGGAAAUGGACUGGAAGCGGCAUCGCGAAAGCUCAGAGUGGCGGGAUAUCUUAUGCAGGCCUUUACGGGCGAGCAGAUGUCACGAAACGGAAUGGGUCGCAGAACGUUCAGGCUUGAUGAAGAGUGGGCGCCUGAUACCCUCUCACGGUAUGACGGGAGAUCAAGAAUGACUGCGAAAAUUCAUGUGAUUCGGUCGGACAAAACGAUGAAGGAAAUCCGAGACGCAGAUGUUGCACAGCAAAACGACAAGGGCAAAGACACAGGAGGACUGUUUGAUUAUGCACUAAACGCUAUACGAAAGCACGGCGGUCCUUUUGCUCCAACGCCGACUGGGGAGGAUACGCACGUCGCUGUCUUGAUUUUGGACAGUAAAUGGGACCCAAAGAGAAAUCUGAUCAGAGGGCAUGCUGCAAUUGGUGGAGGGUCAGAACAUAUCAAGCUGGCUAUAUUCGGCAGUCACUCGACGUAUAGCUGGCCUUCACACAUUGAAGAUGUCGUUUCUUGUUUUUCCGAUACGACUCCCGCGGACACUCGAAUUAUUGCAGACGACUGUAACGAGUCCGGUCAAUACUUCAAGGCUGCCAAUGUUGGAAUAGGCGCCUUCAUGCAUGAAGUAGGACAUUUACUUGGUUGUCCGCAUCAGACGUCUGGAGUGAUGCUUCGAGAUUAUGUUCGGCUGAAUCGCACUUUUUGUGUCAGAGAGCCGAUAUCCGCUGAGCACCGAGUGAAUAUCUGCCUGCCUAAAGAUGAAUGCGGUUGGAAUCGACUUGAUAUGUUGAGAUUUAGAUGUCAUCCGAUGUUUAGACUCCCUGCUGAGCCAAUUAUCAUGAAAUCAAGACCGGCGAUUUUCCCGGUUGAGAACGGAGCAAUUGCUACAUCGGCGACAGGCAUAUACUUGAUUGAAUUGCAUUAUGACGGACUUUGCCGGGCGCACUUGGAGUACCCUGACGGUCCACAGAAAGAGGUAUUUCUUUUUGAGGAAGAACUACGGACAAUACUUCCUGAUAAGUACAAGAUGAAACAAUUCAGCCUGUUGGUACUCGGACUGGGUGAGCAGCAGAUCGAGAUUGGGGAUUUCAGUGCUCUAGUGCGAAGUUCGCGUACGGAUGUUGGCCGGGCCCCUAUGUUUGACAGCAUUCUUCCAGAAGCCGACGCGAUUCCAUCGACUGCAGCACCGGUGAGGGUACUGUUCAGGCAAAUCCGUCGGAUCAGAAUCUAUCACGGGCAGGCGGUUGACGGCCUCGAGUUCUUCUUCGAAAGCGGUUCGGCGAUGUUUGGAAACAGAGGCGGCUCGCCUUCCGAUUUUGUGUUUGAGCCUACCGAGCAGCUGAUUGGGUUUCAAGUUCGAUCAGGAGCCUGGGUUGACGCGGUCCAGAUUAUUACGAACUUAAGAAGAAGUGCCGUCUACGGAAACACGAAGGGGGGCUCCGCUACUGACAUAAUACCCCCACGUGGAUACGCGGUUGUGGGCGUACAUGGCUAUGUCAUGAGCUGGCUGACCCGCAUCGGUAUCAUUUAUGCCGGGACAGAGUAUCUUUCUAGCGGGUAUUGACGAAAUGAAUGCACGACAUGAUGCCAUGUGGGCUGAUAUAGAUAUAACAGAGAGAGAGUCAGCAUGAUGCAUGUUCGCCGAAGAGUAUCUCUGAAUACUAUUUUUAUCGCACGGAGCGAAAUUGGCACCGGGUACUCUGAGGAAAAUAGAAUUAAUCGUACUAAAAAUCGCCUAAGAUUCCC